AUGCAGGAAACGUUCAGGUGUUUGAUUGAGGAUGAUGACAUGGAUUUGGUAUUAAAGGAGGAAAACUACAUGUAUGCUCUUAUAGAAGAAAAGUAUGGAGUGAAGAAAGUUAAUAUUGACAGACAACUAGUGAGGACAAACAGAGGUGAAGGAUGGUGCCGUGUGCAUCGGUUUAUGUUCGAGUCUAAGAGGGAUCUUGCCAUAUUUCUAGAAAAGAGUGUUGCGAUGUUCUUAGAGAUGGUUGCACAAGAUCUAACUGUACGCGUCAUAGCUGAGCAAUAUCAACAUUCACUCGAUACAAUGAAGAGGAAGUUGGAUGAGGUUUUAAGUGCUCUAUUAAAACUUGCAGCAGAUAUAGUGAAACCUACAAGGGAUGAUUUGACAAGUGUUAGUCCUUUUCUAGUGAAUGAUAGCCGGUAUAUGCCUUAUUUUAGAGACUGCAUUGGUGCCCUUGAUGGUACUCAUGUGCCAGUUCGUCCUUCAUCAGGGAAUGUAGAGCCAUUUAGAGGUCAAAAAGCAGAAGCAACAAUGAAUUUGCUUGCAAUAUGCAAUUUCAGUAUGAGAUUUACUUAUGCUUAUGUUGGAGUUCCCGGGAGAGCACAUGACACAAAAGUGCUAACAUAUUGUGCUACACAAGAAGCUUCUUUCCCUCAUCCUCCGCCUGGAAAAUACUAUUUAGUGGACUCAGGGUAUCCAACUAGAAGUGGUUACCUAGGCCCUCAUCGUAGAGUUAGAUAUCACCUAGACCAGUUCAGCAGAGGAGGACCACCGACCAACAGUAGGGAGCUGUUUAACCGUAAACAUUUUGGUCUGAGAUCGAUAAUUGAGAGAACCUUUGGUGUUUGGAAGGCCAAAUGGAGAAUUCUUGACAGGAAGCACCCUCAGUAUGAGCUGAAUAAAUGGAUUAAGAUUGUGAUAGCAACAAUGGCUCUCCAUAAUUUUAUCAAAGAUUCAAAAGAGGAUGAUAUUGAUUUUUUACAUUGGGAAGUGGUGGAAUCAUAUGAACAUCAUGGUGAUGAAAAUGAUGGACAUGUUCCAUACAUACCUGCUGGUGAUAGAAUGAUGGAAGAUGUGCAUGAUUCUAUCACUAUGGAGAUGGCAGAAGGAACUACACUUCCAUAUUAG